UUUUUUUUUUUGUAAUAUGCCACCCAAUACAGUUUCUUCUGAUGGCUUAUUGUCAGCACCUAUUAUUACAGAGAAAGAUUUUCAGGACCAUAUAAAACGCGGUGACUCUGUAUUUAUUUAUGAAUCCAAAGUUUAUAAAGUAAACAAUUUCAUCCAUAAGCAUCCUGGAGGUAUAGCUGCCUUAAGGAGCGCACUUGGAAGAGACGUGACAGAUGAAAUACGCACCAUGCAUCCACCCAAGGUAUAUGAGAAACUGAUUCAUUUGUACUAUAUUGGCGACUACCUUCCUGAAAUCACGCCAAACGCUAUGCUUAAAACAGAACAAAUCCAGGUACCGAAAAAACAAGACAAACCUUAUUCAGCCACUUGGCAAGGCGGCCUUUCUGUUAAAGCAUACGAUGACACACUUGACAGUAUACAUAAACACCACUCAGCCGAUCUCGAUCAGGAUGCCAAGAUCCAGGAACACUUGGACAAUGAAAACAUAAGAAAAGCUUAUCGCCGAUUGGAGACAGACUUAAAGGCCCGUGGAUUAUUUAAAUGUAAUUAUUGGAACUAUGCUAGAGAAUGCUGUCGAUGCACCAUGUUGUUCAGUCUCUCACUAUGGUUUACACUUAAGGGGACAGCGACAUGGCAUUAUUUGACGGGUGCCCUUUUCAUGGCCAUGUUUUGGCAUCAACUGGUUUUUACGGCUCAUGAUGCAGGACAUAAUGAAAUUACCGGAAAGACAGACAUCGACCAUUUUAUUGGUGUCUUUAUUGCUGAUUUUAUUGGCGGACUUAGCUUAGGCUGGUGGAAAGAUAACCACAAUGUGCACCAUAUUGUUACCAAUCACCCGGAGCAUGACCCAGACAUUCAGCAUUUACCAUUUCUUGCCAUCAGUACCAAGUUUUUCAAUCACCUCUACUCUACUUAUUACAAGAAAGUCUUGUAUUUUGACUCAGUGGCUCGCUUCUUUAUCAAAUAUCAGCACUAUUUGUACUACCUGAUCUUAUCUUUUGGCAGAUUUAACUUGCAUCGCUUGUCCUUUGUCUAUUUGUUCACUGCUAAAGAUGUACGCACACGAAAACUCGAGUUGGUCGGGAUUACCUGUUUCUUUGUUUGGUUUGGUAGUUUGAUAUCUACGCUGCCUAAUUGGAAGAUCCGCAUGGCCUAUAUCUUUGUGUCUUAUAUGCUGACAUUCCCUUUACAUGUACAAAUCACUCUCUCUCAUUUUGGUAUGUCUACAGAAGACAAAGGUGCCAAUGAACCUUUCCCAAGUAAAAUGUUGCGUACGACCAUGGAUGUGGAUUGCCCUGAAUGGCUUGAUUGGUUCCAUGGUGGCUUACAAUACCAAGCUGUACAUCACUUGUUUCCUCGAAUUCCAAGACACAAUCUGCGUCAAUGUGUUCCUUUUAUAAGACAAUUUUGUGAUGAAGUGGGUCUGCAUUAUUACAUGUAUAACUUCUCUACUGGUAAUGGUGUUGUUCUUGGUACAUUGAAAUCUGUUGCAGAUCAAGUUCAAUUCAUGAACAAAGUGGCCAAGAACAAUGCCUCUAUUUGGGCAGGUGAAAAACCUCAUCAAAAGCACUUGUAAAUAAAAAAAAAAAAAAAACGAUGUUUUGCACUCACUUGAUAUAAGCAGUCCAGGCGCAGACUUUUUAGUUUUUUUAUUUUAUUUUAUUUUGCAGGAAAUAUGGCCUUUAUGUUACGUACCAUAAACACAACAGCACGUCUUCAGUGCUUUCAACAUCAUGGCCUAUCAAGAUAUAUCAUGCCCACAACCAUACACUUUCAUACGAUCGCUGCUGCUUUUCAAGCAUCGGACGAUGAUCUUAAAAGAGGAUCUGUGCAAUACAAACUGCGUGGCAAGGUAAAUAGCAUG